AUGUUCUUUGACUACGUCCUCAACGCACUGUACGGGUCGUGCGGUAUCGACAUGUGUUUCUCGCUCUUGCGUGAGCUGAGUGCAAACAAACGGGCGAUUCCAGACGGGCUGUACAUCUCGCUAAUUGAUCUCGGCACCACGAUUGGUUUGAUUGAGCGCACGGUGCAUAUUGCGUACGACAAGGAGUGCAAAGGCUGUCAUCUCUCAUCGAAGCAGUUGUACGCGUUGAUGAUGCGUUGUCACUCAGACGGCGAGAUUUCGGAGUUUGUGCGGACGUAUGUGAUGUUAGCCCAGGGCGUGCCGCCCUAG